UACAAGUAGUAAGGAGAAGCUCCCGCCCAGGGGGCUAUUCAGCAUUGUGAUGACCUACGCAGGGCAUGAUAAUCUUCGGCAUGCUAUCUGUUCCGCAAAACAGUCAGGAUCACUUUAAGUGUGGGACGUAACAUCGAAACCAUGAACUCAAUUAGUCCGUAUGCAUAGGCAUUGUUCAAAAUGCUCGUAAGUGACAGGGGGCCUUCUUCUAUUACUCUUCUAACGGUGAUCCAAACCAUUCUAUGUUCCAGUAGACGGAUAUGAGCCCAUGGAAGUUCCUCCCUACAGUAGCAUGGUGGCAUGUCACACAGACACGACCAGGGCAAUCGUCUGUUCCCAGUCUCACCCUGCUGCAACGGCUGCUGGCAAGAUACCAAGCGAGACAAGGAGAUAGAGGAAACACAGAAGGAAUCCGACGCUGUGAAAUCGUCCGCAUCGGAGAUUUGCAGCAUCACGGGGCGUAGUCACGAAAAUCCGGUCAAGUUCAAUAGACUCACCUGCCCCAAGUACCCGGCGGACGUGAGUAGUAAUCAUGAAGAACAGGCCAUCAUCGUCACCGAAGCAUUUGCGCUUGACGAAAAACACGCAGAUGUUGCACUAUCGACAGCAGGCGAGUCGGGCACAGCAGGGGAAAGCCCAGAAAUACAUCAAAUUUCAAGGAAAUCAUCAGUGACAACGAGGAGAAGGGAUGCGAUACAAACCAGACACGACGCCAAUAGCGACCACCAACGAAGCCGGCGGCAACUAGAACCUCACGAGACGGAGCGAGGAUUUCAUUCACAAUACUGAAUUUCGAGCCGAGGAUGGUGGCUUGCUGAAGUGACAGCACUGGAAUGAGCUGUUUUUCUUGCCGAAGAGCGAAGGGCAUCGUUCUUGACACGGACAGGACCAUUGUCAUCAUCACCGCCAUGAAGCCGAACCUGCCUGCUGACAACUCAACGGGUCAAAAGCGGCGCAUUAACAAGGCGGGCAUUCUCGACAACCCGACUGUCGAGUUCAAGACGGCCAAACAGCAUAUGAUUAUGUUGUUAAAAAUACUUCUAAGGGUCCUUUAGAAGUGGUGACUCAUCACUCUGGUAUCAACCUCUACCGGCAGCAACUCGAAGACGAGCGAAACCGACACAUCCAAGAACCCCUCGUCUGCAAGUUCCCGAUG